GAGUGUUGUGAGCAAGGGGAGUUCGAAUCCAAUGCACAUGCUCAGACUGCGGGGCCCAUACAUCGCAUGCUACGAACAAAGCGAAUGUCCUUGCUAGCUACGGAUGAUAACGUCGAAUUUGCUUUAGCUACAUAUAUAAGUAACAAUACCCAGUAUUAUUGGAGUUACACCUUCGUGUUAAGUGUGUGUUCGGUUCCUGAUUAUGUCAACAGCUGACGAUUCACGUUACUACAACGGUACGUUUAGGUUAGUUAGCUAACGCGUUAGCUAGCUGUUGUGGCUUAGCUAACUAACGUUAGCUAACAAACAUGUAAACAACAAUGUUCUUCCUUGCCAGCUAAAGUUUUUUCAUAAUAUGAAACGUGUUCUGUAUUAGAUAACUAGUAGUUGACAAUAUCUAUGAAUUGAUAAGUAAGUAGUUAGUUAACUAGCUACAUAAAGAAGUUAGCGAGCUAUGGGGUUAGCCGCAGAAAGUAACUAGAUACUGUAGCUAACUAGCCAGCUAGUUGUGGUUUAUAAAUUAGGUAGCACAUGAUUUUUACUCUGGACCCAUGGCGCGCGUGCUGAUACACACGCGGUGACAGCAUAGCUAUCUGGCUAGCUAACAUUACCACCUCUUGUGUGACAGAAGUAAUGUUAGGUAACUAGUUAGCUAGCCAACAGCAACGUUGAGUAAUUUCAUAGCUAGCUAACUACAUCGUAACGUGGCUGCAAGUCUGAACGUGUUUGCGUAUUAACAGAGUGCAUUAGAUAUCAUGCAUGUAUGGCAGAAGCGCUAACAAACGAAGAUGACAACAAAUAUGGGCCAUUACCAAGCUAAUUGCUGUAACUUUGUUGAAGUAUUUAUUCUGUAAAAACAAAAACUCCUUGUGGUGACUUUGUCCAUCAGAUCACGAUGACAGAGUUGGAGGACAAACGUUUCGCAACCGCAAAGGCAGGGGCCCUUUCAGGGCCCAUAUGUAUAGUGACCAGGGGCCAGGAGGACCAGGGACAAGACCAAGACAUCGUGGUGGCCAAAAAGGCAGUGGCGGCCCGGGACCCAGAGCGAGAUUCGACGAUGAGGAUGGAGACGUGGCAAUGACGGACAGCAAUUCCCAAGAUGGGUCCUCCCAACACAGAUUGUGGGUUUGCCAUGCAAAUUAUGGAGAAUAUUUAAUUUAACAUGUUUAUAGAUUUUAUCUUGGAAGUUAUCCUUUAACCCUCUCAUGGUUUUUACCUUGCCAGUAACCCUUAUGGAAGGCCGAAUCGCCGUGGUGACGACCGCUUUGACCGUGGCUGCAGAGGUGGUGGUGGAGGAGGUCACAGGGGUCGUGGUAAUAACAGAGGAGGGGAUGGAGGUGGAGAUGGCCGCAAGACGUGGUUCAAGAUGUUUGUGAGUCAACAUUGUGAAUGAAUUAGGUGGCUUUACUGAUCUACUAAGCUGUCAUCGAUUGGAUUGUAAUUAACCAAUGCUAAAUUGUGACUCUUACAGGUCCCCUAUGGAAAGAAAUAUGACAAAGACUGGCUGAUAACAGCUCUGCGGAAUAUCUGCCCCAUGCCCUUCACCCCAUUACAUGUAAGUGACCACUGCCUAAUGGCUCUUUUGGUUAGUCAAGCUAGUCCAGAAAUAGAUUAAUUCCCUUGUCCCCUGAAAUAGUUUAAUUUGAUUGUUUUUAAUAUAACCUAAACGACAUUCUCUUUCUACACCUCUGUUUUCCAAAGUACCAAGUAGAGGGCAACCGAGCACAGUUCUAUAUUGACGAUUACUCCACUGCGAAUGCCUUGUUAAAGGUAUCACGGAAGAUCACAGACAAAGAAGGCUACAAGGUACAAUUUUUUUCCUUCCACAAAACUGACCUCUGCCAGUUUUAUCAAUUAGUGUUAAGUGGGACAUUUUGGCAGACUGGGAACCAAACAUGAAAACAUGAAUUAUGUCAGCAGAAUUUUUAAAUUAAAGGCCCAGUGCAGUCAAUUCUAUUCCUAUUUCCUGUGUUUAAUAUAGGGCUGACCCCCAAUUAGUAGACUGGUCGAUUGUUUGGUCAUUAGGCUGUUAGUCGACCGAGAUUGUUUUAGUCGAGCAGUAACAUAUAUUUGCACCCAUCUCAGUGAACUAAUCCAUUGCGGAGGCCUAGACUAAAAGACAAUUUAUGCUUGAUCUGAAGAUGUGGUCGGAGGCUCCAUACGGAGGGUGUGAAGCAAUUGCGGAGCCCCCAGAGGCAUGCAGAGGCCAAAUCAAGCUCUGUACCGCAUCGCCAUGCGCCUCCCAAAUGUUGUAACAAUGCAGAGUGCUCUGUAUAACUCUGCAUGGACAUGAUUGGUUGAUGGUAGGUGGGGGCGGUACAUCCUGUAGAAAACACAAACUCACUUCCUUGACAACAGCUCUGCACUGUAUGAAGGCCCUGACUUCUGCUGAGGCCGUAUCGCUGUAAAUGCUGCAUGGCCAAUGCAGAUGUCGGAUUGACCCUGCGCCCAGAUGCACAAUGCACUUCUCUCCAGAAUGUGCUCUCUCCUGCCAAUUUGUGCACGUUCAUUGUUUUAUAACUUAAUUGUGUGAAUUGUUUGUUUGAUUGUUGGUGUAUUCAAUUCCCCAUUACAUAUAUCACCAGUAGUACAUUUACCGUUAAUUCCUAUAAUUUCUAAUCUACAAUGUUUGUUACUUUGGUUACGGUAAUUUCUGUGAAUGCAUUCAAUAUUAUUAUUCCAGUCUUCCCGUUAUCAUUGUUGUAGUGGACACAUUGUUUGCAGAGUGCACAACCUAUUCUACACUUGUGAGAAACAAGUUUUGGUUUAUUUCAUUUCAUUUACGAGUUUUGUCGAUUUAGUCAUUGUCUGAACACCAUAACUGGCACGCAUAUCGGUAGAAAUGGUAAGAUGAAUUGGCAUUCCACAUGAGAAUGGUUGCCGACUCCUCGUGUAGCCUAUACCGGCAACUUCAGGAGCAUAAAUGCAGAAUCUGCUAAAGCCAGCAGGAGCGGGAGGAGAAUAAUUGGGUCAGGUUACGUUUUUCUUCUUCUGGUUAUCUAGAUCUCUGGCGCCCUCUUGAGGUAUUUGUCUUAUUUCAUCAAACCGUAAGCUCAAUGCAUAUAGUUGAUUUUAUUAAAACACAGGGUGUGUGUAUAUAUGGAAAAAAGUAACAUUUUUUUAACCAAUCGAUUGGUCGAAAGAACAGACGACUUCCUAUUUUAGUCGGGGACAGCCCUAGUUUUAUAUCAUAUUGUACACCAACAGCUGAUGAAACUAACACUGUAAAAGUGUGAUAAAAACAACAACAUCAGUGUUAUUUUCAGAUAGUUGCUAGUUGAAAAUACAAUCCACAAAUAACUUUCUUUACACCAAAAAAAAAAUGAUGCACGCAUGACUGUAAGUCGCUUUGGAUAAAAGCGUCUGCUAAAUGGCAUAUUAUAUUAUUUCUAAUCAGCAGGUUUGCAUGGGUGGGAGUUUUCGGCUUUCCAUGGUGACAUCACCAUGCGGUAAAUUGGCUCUAAGACCAAUAACAAAGAGUUCCAAACCUCUGCCAAUAACGUCUAGUUUUCAGUUUUCCCCACUCAGACCACUCCCAGACAGUCCUAGCAAAAUUAUUGCUUGAGAAAUAGUUUUUUGCUCAAAGGCUAUUUUUGCCCAUUUUAAUGGAGAUUAUUACAGUACGGGACUUAAUUGUUACCCAGAAAUUAUUUUAUAUUGAUAUAAAAACAGCUGCAUUGAGCCUUUAAGCAACCAGGCUGGGGCCAGGGUUAAUGGUUUGAGGAUGGCAAAUCCGUAAGGAUCAUCAAUAGGAUCUUGAGAAGGGGUCAAGCGGUGGUUAAUGAUUAGGGCUUCCAAUUGGAAUUCAAGGACAUAACCAUUUCCCCUUGGGGAUACUCAUUAGAAAACAUGCCAUUCACUCCUCCAUCUUUUCCAGGUGACUGUACUGAUGAAUCCCUGUCCUCCACCCUCCUUUCUUCAGUCUGAACUAAAGCCAGCUGAUCUGGAGCACCUAAAGGUAAGACAAGGAGACCAGCUGUUAACAAAUAGGAGAUGGAGUGAUGGUUUUAAUAACAGUAUAUUAUUAUGUACAGUCAGGGAAAAAAAUUUAUUUGAACGUUUGCCCACUGACAAAGAAAUUAUCAGUCUAUAAUUUUAAUGGUAGGUUUAUUUGAACAGUCAGAGACAGAAUAACAACAAAAAAAAUCCAGAAAAACGCAUGUCAAAAAUGUUAUAAAUUGAUUUGCAUUUUAAUGAGGGAAAUAAGUAUUUCACCCCCUCUCAAUCAGAAAGAUUUCUGGCUCCCAGGUGUCUUUUAUACAGGUAACGAGCUGAGAUUAGGAGCACACUCUUAAUGGGAGUGCUCCUAAUCUCAGUUUGUUACCUGUAUAAAAGACACUUGUCCACAGAAGCAAUACAUCAAUCAGAUUCCAAACUCUCCACCAUGGCCAAGAUCAAAGAGCUCUCCAAGGAUGUCAGGGACAAGAUUGUAGACCUACACAAGGCUGGAAUGGGCUACAAGACCAUCGCCAAGCAGCUUGGUGAGAAGGUGACAACAGUUGGUGCGAUUAUUCGCAAAUGGAAGAAACACAAAAGACCUGUCAAUCUCCCUCGGCCUGGGGCUCCAUGCAAGAUCUCACCUUGUGAAGUUGCAAUGAUCAUGAGAAUGGUGAGGAAUCAGCCCAGAACUACACAGGAGAAUCUUGUCAAUGAUCUCAAGGCAGCUGGGACCAUAGUCACCAAGAAAACAAUUGGUAACACACUACGCCGUGAAGGACUGAAAUCCUGCAGCGCCCGCAAGGUCCCCCUGCUCAAGAAAGCACAUAUACAGGCCCGUCUGAAGUUUGCCAAUGAACAUCUGAAUGAUUCAGAGGAGAACUGGGUGAAAGUGUUGUGGUCAGAUGAGACCAAAAUGGAGCUCUUUGGCAUCAACUCAACUCGCCGUGUUUGGAGGAGGAGGAAUGCUGCCUAUGACCCCAAGAACACCAUCCCCACCGUCAAACAUGGAGGUGGAAACAUUAUGCUUUGGGGGUGUUUUUCUGCUAAGGGGACAGGACAACUUCAUCGCAUCAAAGGGACGAUGGACGGGGCCAUGUACCGUCAAAUAUUGGGUGAGAACCUCCUUCCCUCAGGCAGGGCAUUGAAAAUGGGUCGUGGAUGGGUAUUCCAGCAUGACAAUGACCCAAAACACACGGCCAAGGUAACAAAGGAGUGGCUCAAGAAGAAGCACAUUAAGGUCCUGGAGUGGCCUAGCCAGUCUCCAGACCUUAAUCCCAUAGAAAAUCUGUGGAGGGAGCUGAAGGUUCGAGUUGCCAAACGUCAGCCUCGAAACCUUAAUGACUUGGAGAAGAUCUGCAAGAUCUUUCUCUCACUGUUUAAAUAAACCUACCAUUAAAAUUAUAGACUGAUCAUGUCUUUGUCAGUGGGCAAACGUACAAAAUCAGCAGGGGAUCAAAUACUUUUUUCCCUCACUGUAUAGAGAGAUGUAUGGCUGAAUGUCUAUUAAAACCCUCUUUCCCUCAUUAGCAAUGCAUGGCUAAACGCUUUGAUGGCUCUCAACAAGCCCUGGACUUGAACAACAUCCGGAUAGACCCAGGUAAGUAGACGGCAAGAGCAGUUAGUCACAUCAAACAUUUUUCACUGUACAUUUGCAUUAUAUGACAUGUAUUCUAGUAGUGCCGUCUAACACUCCUACGCUUCCCUGAUUUUCACAGACCUGGUUUCCCAGAACAUUGAUGUGACGUUGAACAGAAAGAACUCCAUGCACGCUGUUAUUAAGAUAAUUGAGGAGAACAUUCCAGAGGUAUGGUCCUUCCUUGUAGCUGAAUAAUGAUACAAUAUGGAUGCUUUCCUCUCCACUGAUCCCUUCUCGUUUCCUUCCACAGCUUGUUUGUCUAAACAUCAGCAACAACAAGCUGUUUAGGCUGGAUGACCUGUCAGAGCUGGUCAACAAGGUUCCAAACCUGAAGACACUCAAUCUUUCUCAUAACGAGGUGAGGAGACCGGGUCUGGUUGUGGUACAAUGGGUUGUUACUCAGACACUGAUCUUUACUGGGACUGCACAAAGUCUCAUUGCUUUUCAGUUAUCCACGUCAUUAAUUUAGUAAAUUGACUGCUCUAGGGGACUAGGGAGUUUUCUCUCUGUAAGUUCUUCAGAGGAGCAAUUAGGCUACUGGCUGUUUGAUUAGAUUUUCUUGUCCCUACCAUUCCAGUUAAAGACAGAGCGGGAGCUGGAUAGGAUCAAGGGUCUUAAGCUGGUGGAGCUAUGGCUGGAGAAGAAUCCCCUUUGCGACCAUUUCAAGGACCAAGCUUCUUACAUCAGGUCAGUCUGUGCUCAGGAUGGGUGGGUGGGUAAUAGUAUGAUGUUGACAGUGUGUUGUGAGGUGGAUGGUGUGGGGGGGGGGGUACUUUAGCUCUCUAUUCCCUGUAUUUCAGGGGGGAACUUGAAUGUAUUCAGAAAAUUCCUGUCCUGUGGGAAAUGACAUGUUAUUUAUGGAUUAUAUGAUUCAGGAAGGACAUGUUUGGUGUGGUACUACUGAAUAGUAACGCACCGCUCAAAUUUGAAAGAACUUGAGUGGCUUAGUGACGGCCAUCCUAUCAGAGAGCCUCUCACUGAGCCCUCCCACUUUACUACAAUAACAUGUGGUGAAGAAGUUAAGACUUCAUAUCAUCUGUUCUUAGACAACAAUGUUUUGUUUUAUGUUGGAAUCAAACAAAUACCCUACUCAAUGCUUGUGGGGAAGCACCAGAAUUCAAAUGUAAUGCCACCUUUAUGAUUAUUUUAAUUUAAGGUCCAUACGUGCCGAAGUUUUGACAUGAUCAAACCAUUAACCUCUUCACGCCAUAUAACUCAACAUUAACCAGCUAACACAUGGUGUAGUUGAGGAUAAUGGCUACAUCUAUCAUUUUAAUUAUUCUCCACCCCUUCCCCCGUUCUAGAUGCAGGUUCAACUGUCUGAGUGCUCUUUUUGUCGGUCUCUCUCUACCUCUCUGAAACUCUGCAGCUCAUCUUUACCUUCCAUCUGUUUUCUGCAGUGGAGAUGGCCCUGUGCCCCCUACAGACACCUCUAUAUUACAUUUUUACAUAAAAAAAGGAAAUCCAUAUAAUUUAAAUGUCGAGGUAUUCGCUCAAGCAUACACACACUUAUCAUGGAUAAUACUGACCACAACAUUUUGACCCGUAGUAGUCAUUGAGACCCAUACUUUGGGAAGAGCUUGGAUUAAUUAGUGUGCAUUGUGGAAAAGGAUUCCUUACAUAUUCAUAUGGGAAACAUGGUAUUUACUAUCUGCUUGUGCUACAUGCUGAUUGGGCUGAUGGUACCUCCUUCCAUCCUCCCCUAUAACGGGUCCUGAAAUGUGGCCAGUGAAGAGGGCUGGUUAGCCAAUGACGGGUAAGAUCCCACCUUUGAUACCGGGACAACCUAAGACAGGCACAGCCGUGCAUCUGGCCACAUCGUACGCACGCACGUACAUACAUACAGUAUAUGCUGAACGAAGAAGACAUUGAAGUGAAGAAGAACACAAAGAUGAAGAUUUGCUCUACAGGCCUGGGGUUGGAGAGGGAGAGAGGUUUCCAAAAAGCCAAGCAGUUGCCAAAUACAAGCUUUAUCAUAAUUCCCUUAAAUCUAACAUGCCUUUACUUCAAGGCUUGUUUAUGUUACAAGUUGGUGGACACAUCCUCAGAAUGUAACAGCCAGAGAGGAGGAGUGGCUUUGAAAAUGAGGGACACAAAGAUACAUUUAUUGAGAGAUUAGUGGGAUUUCAAUAUAUGAAGUUGAUUUCCUUUUAAGGAUAUGACUCUUAAAGUUUAUUCUGUGGGCAUAAAGACAUGCAGUCACCUCAAUGUUCACUGAUCAAGUCCUCAGAUAUCGCUCUUAACAUGUUUCCCUAAAAAGAUCAAAGAAAAACACUUUUGCUUGAAUGCCUUAUUUGUUUAACCACCCCCAGAAUGUUAAAGUUGAAGUGGGGUCCAAACUGUAAUUUAUAAUUUCUUCAGGUACAAAAUAUGUUGUGUCAGAUGCAGUAGCAUUCUUUCGUCAAUCAAUACUAGCAACAAAGAGCUUCUUCCAAUGGUGCUCUGUAGUGGCGCUCAGGGCCCAACAUCCAUGCUCUCUAUCACUCUUUCUGUUUGUCUUUUCAUUUUCUAUUUGUGUAUUUUCUUCAUCUGAAGGGGAUGCAUGGUCUCCUCAACUAACAUGUGUUCUACUCCUAGUGACAUUGCAUCUUCUAUCAAAGCAAAUCUAGCGUGUCCCUCCAUCCCUCUCUGUUCUAUAUAUAUCUAUCAAAGCUGUUCGUGAACUCCCCUUUUCUGUUGGGGUUUGGUACGGCGAGUCUCUCUUGUUCUGUGUUACCUUAAGUCCCUCUCUGUGCUAUAUAUCGCUAUGGCUUUGGUGAAAUACACUGAUGGCGAGUGUGUAGUUUUCUACAUGAAACGACAUGGUGUAACUUUAACCAGCCUUAAUGUAAUGGAUUAACCCCUCAUACCUGUGCUUCAUGUAAUUCAGCAGUGUAUCAUCACCUCUGCAUCUCAUCCCUGCAGUCUUUAGAUUCCAUUUCACUCUCUUGGUUCUAUGACGUGUGUAUCGGACUGCUCAAAUGUACAACAUUUUAGUUUUACCACAAUACCACCAUUGUAGAAUCUACCAAUCACAUAGGCCACAUAACACGUCUGAAUCACCAGUCCACUCCCCUAUGCGUGUGAAAAGCACUGAUUUUUCUCUUGUUGGUAUGAGCGCUCACAACCAACGUUCACACCCCUACCCUACCCCUACCACCCCUUCCAAGACAACGUGUGUCAGUGUGUUUCGGCGUGUAGGGGGGACGGUGAGUAUCACAAAGGGGUGAGUACAUUGCCACAGGAAAGGGUGCCGGGGUGGGUGGCGAAAUUGGGACUGUCGUCGUAGAUUUAUUUUACAUAGAUUUAUCUGUAUUAUCUGUAUCACUGUUCAUAUUAGUACAUGAGGACGUGUAGCAUUAAGUACCUCUCACUGAUAUGCAGAGCUGAUUAUUUCAAGAUCAGGCAUGGGUGUGGUCUAUCCUGAACAAUCAAGUUUGAAGUUCAAACCAACCCGAUAAUGACGAAUCAAGUCUGUUGGUCUUUGGCCAAGUUCCUCCCCUCAUUUCAGUUAAUUGUCUGGACAGGGAUUAUAUCAACAUUUGGGCAGCUAUUAGAGAUUAUUAUCCAUGGAUGAGGCUGUGGGUGCAUGAGCAUACGUGUGUGUGGCUAAAUAGUAUUGAGGGGGAUGACUCCGAGUCUUUAUAUUUAGUCAGCAGCACUAACUCCCGUCUCCUGUAUCUUCUGUGUUUUUGUGAAUGUCGGACAGCACGGUGAGAGAAAGGUUCCCCCGGCUUCUCAAACUGGUAAGGAUUCUAAAUUCUUCCUUCCUCCUUUUCCACAAACGUUUCUUUAUUUAUUUAUUACUCGUUUUGGAUAUUAUUAUAAUUGUAUUUGUGAAGGAUUUACAACUCUUCAAUAGUCCUUUUAGUUGUUUUUGUUUUCUCUCCUUGAACUCUCUGCCUCUCACUAGGAUGGUCAGGAUCUCCCCCCUCCUAUAGUUUUUGAUGUGGAGGUGACUCCUGCUGCCCUUCCGCCCUGCAAGGUAAUACAUACAGCCCAUUGUUUAUCAUUAGGGGCUGUGAUGUAACCACGUCUGUCAAAACAGGAGGGUUUUCUUUACUUUACAAUUCUCCCCCUUUGACUCUGCUGUCACAGCCCAGCUACUUCUGCUCAGAAGAGAUCAAGACUCCCAUCCUUGCCUUCCUACAACAGUGAGUUUGCACUUAGCUCUUUAUGUGUAAUAGGGAAAGACGAUUGAAUCCACAGAUACAGAUUACUACUGUACACUACACACUAAGCCUGAACCCAAAACACUGACUCACUACAACACACACGUAUGGUUAUAAGAAAAGGGCAGCAUGAUUUGAUGUCAUUUGGUUUAUUCUUUAAAAUAAGACUCAUUGAUCUGCAAUAGGUAGAAUAUCUAUCUGUACUGAUUGGAAAUGUAAGUUGUAUGUUUCUUCUAAUGUAACUUAUAUUUUAGAUACUACAGUGUGUAUGACUCCGGGGACAGACAACCUUUGUUAGAUGCCUACCAUGAUGGAGCAACCUUCUCCUUGAGCAUGGCCAUCACCAUGCAGAACCCCUCCAGGUACCCCUCGGCUAGUCGUUAAUGUCUCCAGCAGCAUGCAUAAACAGUGUAUUAUAAACAGUCACUCAGCAUCACCUAUUUGUCACCUGUUUAACAUAGUCAGUCACUGUCUCUAGGUGCAGUCUUGGAGAUUACCAUAAAGACACUCGCAACCUAAAAAAGCUCAAAGAUCCCAGUGAGUCUCGCUCUCUUCUGAUUCUCUAGUUCAAAGUUUUGAGAAGUGAUGGUUGAUGUCAUUAUGUCAUCUCUUACAGUGCGAAUUUAGUCUCUGAAUAAAGUAAACCUCUUGGUUGUGAAAGUUACCAUGAGUGUUCACUCAUGUACACAAAAAGUAAAAGAAGACUACAUUGAGAGCGUAACAUCUUUGUUCUUAAAUAAAUCCUCUUGCCCCGUUCUUUCAGCCACACGAUUCCGCUUACUGAAGCACACCCGUCUGAAUGUGGUGGCUUUCCUGAACGAACUGCCUAAAACGCACCAUGACACUGCAUCUCUAAAUGUGGACGUCAACACCUUCACCGUGAGUAGAAUUCACUUCUAACCAUCAACUCGCAUGCAAAGCCCAUGACCAUCCUUGAUUUCAUAGCUUCAAUCUCUCUCUCUCUCUACUUUUACAGAACACGUUACUGUCAUUCACAGUCACUGGAGUGUUCAAAGAAGGUAUGUUUUUUUGAACUUUUCAAAUGUAUUAUAGUGCAAAAGUAUACUGUUUUCUGAUGUUUCCCACAUACAUUUUCAUUAGCAAAAAAGUCAUUAACCAUGUAUUUUUUUCACCCCAGUUGAAGGUAAAUCCCGAGACUCUGUCAGAGCUUUCUCUCGGGUGUUCAUCACAGUGCCGGCUGGAGGGACAAGGUAGGCCUUGACAUUUGUACCAGACCACAAGCAUAGCGAUAGUUCCUCCAAUAUACUAUAUAAACAAAAGUAUGAGGACAAAAGUAUGUGGACACCCCUUCAAAUCUUUUUCAACUGUAAGUGCUGUUAUUGUGAAGUGGAAACGUCUAGGAGAAACAACGGCUCAGCCGCGAAGUGGUAGGCCACACAAGCUCACAGAACUGGACCCGAACGCAUAGUCCCAACUGUAAAGUUUGGUGGAGGAGGAAUAAUGGUCUGGGGUUGUUUUUCAUGGUUUGGGCUAGGCCCCUUAGUUCCAGUAAAGGGAAGUGUUAACGCUACAGCAUACAAUUACAUUCUAGACUAUUCUGUGCUUCCAACUUUGUGGCAACAGUUUGGGGAAGGCUCUUCCCUGUUUCAGCAUGACAAUGCCCCUGUGCACAAAGUGAGUUCCAUACAGAAAUGGUUUGUUGAGAUCGGUGUGGAAGAACUUGACUGGCCUGCACAGAGCCCUGACCUUAAUCCCAUCGAACAGUUUUGGGAUUAAUUGGAACGCCGACUGCGAGCCAGGCCUAAUCACCCAACAUCAGUGCCCAACCUCACUAAUGGUGGCUGAAUGGAAGCAAGUCCCCGCAGCAAUGUUCCAACAUCUAGUGGAAAGCCUUCCCAGAAGAGUGGAGGGUGUUAUAGCAACAAAGGGGGAACCAACUCCAUAUUAAUGCCUGUGAUUUUGGAAUGAAAUGUUUGACGAGCAGGUGUCCAAAUACUUUUGGUCAUGUAGUGUAUUGACAAAACUCUGCUAGAUGUUUGUCUUGACUGUAACUAACUAAUCUUUUUUUAUACUAUCGGAAAUGUGCAAUGUCGUCUUUUCUUGUGUUCGUCUUGUUUCAACAGUCUUUGCAUAGUUAACGACGAGCUUUUUGUCCGCAAUGCUACGACGGAGGAGAUCCGGCGGGCCUUUGUUGCACCCGCCCCCACCCCAUCCAGCAGCCCCGUCCCCACCCUCUCAGCCCCCCAGCAAGAGAUGCUCUCUGCCUUCUCUCUCAAGUCCGGCAUGAACCUGGAAUGGUCCCAGAAGUGAGUGGCAAACAGUUACCUUGCAUUAGAUUUUAUGGAGUGGCUGCGAAUCCGACUUUUCCGGACCCUCUUCCCGACAGCUAAAGGUCCCGAAGCUUCUGCGCAUGUGCAGGAUUCUCUACUUUACAUACAGUCUGUGCUCUACUCAUAGAGAACAGGCUACUCUGGUGAAUGGUGCUUGUUUAAUAAGUUAGAUCAAAGCUGCAUCAAUGUCUGCAAGAUCACAAUGAUAGUAUUCUACAUAACAGAACCGUGUGUAUAUAUAAUAAAAAUUUCAAAAACUCAUGGGAUUUUAGGAUGAUCGAAUGGCCUAUUUUUGUAAUCAUGUGGCCAAAACUAAAGUGUGUCACUAUGCAAAAUAUGUACAUUGAUUAAACUAAACCCAGGUAGGCUAUGCUACAGUUGAACACCAUCUGCUCUAAAAUUCACUCACUGUACAUAAUUCAAAACAUUAGGUUACUUCGAAACAACACUGUUUAACUCAAGAAGAUCUAAAGCAUAUCCCCAUGAAACAGAUUGAGAUCAAAUGGUUGGUAUGCAGAUGGACAUUUCACCUGUAAUAUGCACCAUUCACAAUUGACAGUGAGAAAUGUGAAGGGUGACCACAAUGUGUGUGUAACGUAGAUCUAAACAAACAUGCGCAGAAUGUGAUUCGGAUCUUCAGCUCCGGGGAGUGGACAGACAUUAAAAGCAGUAGAUAAUGAUUGCGCUGACAUCAUCCACGUAUUCCUAUGGAAAACUCCUGAUGGUGCGCCAUGUUGCUGAAUGGUACCAAAAAAGAACUAAGGAUCGUGGUGAAAGUGGCUGUACCUAGCAAAGGGUCGAUGUAGUCGUUUUCAUCCUGCCUGAGUAAACUGGAGCCUACUCGUAGUCUGCCGGCCCUGUGAUUUUUCUGUGUCAGCACGUGGUCCUGUGUGACGACAAAUGUAGUAGUCCGAAUCACUAUUUAGUUAAAUAUCUCGAUUGGUAGUGAACGUAAUAAUUCACUGUGGGGAUCGAACUUGAUCAUAAACACAUUUUAGAGGCCAAAACGGGCAUCUACAUUUUUUUUUGUAUCCUAUCUUAAUGUACGUAGGCUUUUUUUUUUGGGGGGGGGGGGGGGGGGGAGGAGGAGAAGAAGUACUGCAGUUUAAUUUGUUUUUUUGGGGGGGGUUUUAACUUACUUGAUCAAUGUAUUUCAGAUGCCUGCAGGACAAUGAGUGGGAUUUCAACCGAGCAGGGCAGGUCUACACAGACCUCAAGGUAAAUGAGUCCUCAUAUUACUCUAUAAAUAUUCAUAGAUCCACAUUUUCAUCCUAGUAUAUCUAAGGGAGCAAUGUGUGUUGCUUUAGUUUGACUGGAUGUUAUGUACCCUUCUAGGCUUCAGAUACUAAACUUCUGUUCUGUUUCUCCUCAGGCUCAUGGGAAGAUCCCAGAUGUCGCUUUCAUAAAGUGAAUAGGAAUGAUUGUGGAACUUUUUAAUUAUUGUCACUAUUGUUAUUUCCUUAUAUAAUUCCCCUCCAUGAUUACAAUAUAACAAGGAUAUCCUUCAUCUGUGUAAUUCUUAUAAUUAAACGUAUUCAA